AUGAGAUUUGUGUUAUCGGACUCUCAAAAAACCCCGAUAUCUUCUAGACUUCGAGAGUAUUGUCGAAAUUCUAAAAGUUCUAUUUCUAUUAUACCUUUUGAAUCAGUUAAAUGUAUUCGAUCAGAUCUUACAGUGCCACAAGCACCAGUUUUCAUAGAAUGUAACAUUUUAAUUUAUUAUCAUGAAGAAUAUUUUUUAAGAAAUAAAAAAUCAAAACAACAACAAAAACAAAAACAAACAUUUUUAUUUACUAUAAAUCAAUCAUUAUUAGAAUUUAAUCAAAAACAAUUAAUAUUAUUUAAAAAAUAUCAAAAUAUUCAAGAAUAUUUAUCUGAAAAUAUUGAUAUUAGUGUUCAUGAUAUAUUAUAUGAUUUAAUAUAUAUACGAGAAUUAUUAAAAGAUGUACUUAAACAAAAAAAUUUUACUAAUUUUCGUCAUCAUUUAUUUUAUUCACAACAAUCUAUUCAACAAUUUGCUAUAUUAAUUGAUCGAAUUUUAUUUUUUAUUUAUCUUAUUUCAAUGCCAUUAUGUAUGAUAAUAUUAUUUAAAUCAAAUAAUCAAUCAAAUAUAUCACCAUCAAUAACAAAUCAAUUACUUGAUAUACGUAAAACAGCUAUUGAUCCACCGUCAAUUUAUCGUGGAUGUCCAACAUAA